AUGGAAAAUAUUAAUAAAGAUGCAGAGAACGAUGCAAACAGUUUCACUGCAAUGAGGGGAAGCAUGGAAGCAGGUGACGGCUGCUGUGGCGAUAGCGGUGGUGCGACAGCGGCGGGAGAUGAGGUGGCUUUGAAAAAAGGUCCUUGGACAGCCGCAGAGGAUGCAAUUUUAGUUGAUUACGUAACGAAACACGGUGAAGGGAACUGGAACGCCGUACAAAGAAACACAAAGUUGGCUCGAUGUGGAAAGAGUUGUCGGCUAAGAUGGGCUAACCAUUUGAGACCAAAUUUGAAGAAAGGUGCUUUCUCCCCUGAAGAAGAAAAGCUCAUCAUUGAACUCCAUGCUCAAUUUGGAAACAAAUGGGCUCGAAUGGCUGCAUUGUUGCCCGGAAGAACUGACAACGAAAUAAAGAAUUAUUGGAACACAAGGGUGAAGCGGAGGCAAAGGCAAGGGCUUCCUCUGUACUCAGAUGACCCUGAUCGUCCGACUAUAUCAAGCACACCCACCACCCCUAUAACUCAUCUAGGAACAAACUUCAUCAACAAUUCUCCCACAAGCAAGUUUGAGUUUCUCCACCACCAAAGUUAUCUUCAUUCUCCAUCUCCGCAUCAUCACCACCACCUCAACCAUUCUCCUUUAACAUCACCACUUCACAGAGCUCCGUCUUAUUCCCCUUUAUCCUCUUCAUCACUUCACACACCACUCUCCACUCCCAUUUCAUCUUCACCUCUCUCCUUCACCUUCCAUAGACCUGCACCCUUGUUGUGCAACCCUCUUCGCUUUAAGCGUUACCGUUCAACUUCAACUGUGAAUCCAACCACACCAACCACGCCAACCCACUUAUCUGAUCUUGAUAAUGGGUUUAGGUUCCCAGUUCAUCUCAACUCUUCUUCUUCUUCUUCUUUCUCCCAUUUCUUUCAGAACCCAUCCUUGUUGGAUCCUGAAAGAAACAUGGUAUGUUCGACUUCUCCUUCUAAUUUCCUAAGCAAGAUAGAGCUCCCUUCAAACCAAUUUUCAUUGUCAUCGCAACCGCACCAAAUAGAGCCAUCAGAGUUUAAACUUGAUGAUGUUGAGUAUAAUAAUGACCCUAACUGUUUAAAUACAAGUAAUGGGUUGGUUGGGGAUAUUCUAUCUGAAGCUCAAACCAUGGCUUCUAGUCAUCAGAAUUUUAAAAAGCGAAGCUACUUCGGCUUGAAUGAAGGGCAAGAUGAGGCUUUUGAGGGUUGCCAAAGCUUUGAUGACUCGGUUCUUAGUUCUCUUUAUUGGUCUUCUAGUUCAGGACUAAAACCAAAGGAAGAAGCAACAAACUUAGAGAAAUCCAUGAAUGAGGACUUGUCAACAUUGCUCCCUGUAAUGCCUUCAACCUUACAAUGCCAACAGAAUUGGCAGCAUAAUAAUACAACAGAAGUCUCAAAUAAUGUCCAAUCUUCUUGUCUUAUGACAGACGACAAUUUUGGACUUGAUAUAAAGCCUGUAGCUUCAUUAUUUCCUCUCAACAAUGCAACUAACCAUGAUAAUAAUAAUAAUAACACAGGAUGUUACUCAUGGGACAAUUUAUCUGGGCUAUGUUGA